UCCGGAGGGGCCGCGCAGCUGGAGCGACCGAGCGGUGCCAGGCCAGGUGUGCGCGUCCGUCGGUCCUUCCGUGCCCGCGCCGGAGACCAGCCCCGGAGGCCGCCGGGCUCGUCCCUGUGCCCAGCACCAUGAAGCAGGAGUCCACAGCCCAGGAAACCCCGCCCGCCUCGCCACCCCCCUCGCCACCCGCGCAGCGCCCCCGGGAUGCCAGCGACCCCCAAGCGCUGUGGAUUUUCGGGUACGGCUCCCUGGUGUGGAGGCCAGACUUUGCCUACAGCGACAGCCGUGUGGGCUUCGUGCGCGGCUACAGCCGGCGCUUCUGGCAGGGAGACACCUUCCAUCGGGGCAGCGACAAGAUGCCUGGUCGUGUGGUGACCCUCCUCGAAGAUCAUGAGGGCUGCACUUGGGGUGUGGCAUACCAGGUUCAAGGUGAGCAGGUGAGCGAGGCCCUGAAGUACCUGAACGUGCGGGAAGCAGUACUUGGCGGCUAUGAUACCAAGGAAGUCACCUUCUACCCUCAGGAUACCCCUGACCAACCACUCAAGGCUUUGGCUUAUGUAGCCACUCCACAGAAUCCUGGUUAUCUGGGCCCUGCCCCUGAGGAGGCCAUUGCAACACAGAUCCUGGCCUGCCGUGGCUUCUCCGGCCACAACCUCGAGUACUUGCUGCGCCUGGCGGACUUCAUGCAGCUCUGUGGGCCCCAGGCACAGGAUGAGCACCUGGCAGCCAUUGUGGACGCUGUGGGCACCAUGCUGCCCUGCUUCUGCCCUGCAGAGCAGGCCUUGGCACUGGUCUGAGGGGUUGAGCCCCUGCAGGGAGUGUCCACAUAGACAUUGGGGCCAGGUCACCACUCCUGCACACACAGUGGACUUGAUAUACCUGAAGCCCACUGAGAGGACUCGGUGGGUGGCUGGGAGCCUCUCUCCAUAAGCCCCUGCCUGUCCCACCAGCCUCCAGCUCUCCUGCCUGACACGGAUUUAGUACUUGAAACUAUUUAUUGCACCAUGUUGGUGUGGUGGGCAGGGUGGGGGGCCUGCCCUGGACAAAGGGGCCCUGCUGAGCGGUGCCCCGCCCCAGGCACCUGGUGCCUGACCAGAUUCCCCCCAGUGCUGCUGCUAACCCUGUGCUACCCAGGCCUCUGCCUUCCCACCCCCAGACCAGCCAUUCCCUAGCCCUGGAAAUACACCACAUGUGAGAAGUCCCAGCCUGCUGGUAGGGGACAGGAGGGAGUGAGGAGAUGGGAGCCUUACAAGAACUGAGGCACCUGUAGGUCCUGCUCAUCCAUCAGGUUCCCAGGGCAGAACUGGAACUAGGGCCCAGGUACAGCCACCGAGGCUGGGCCUGGGUCUCUCAGCAUUUGGCUUUGUUUCCCUGCCCCUCUGUUUACUUGUAAGUCUGUCAGUCUAUUCCUGGGAAGCUCAUUACUAGGGGCCCCGGUACCUUCCCGGUCUGUCCCAUACCGUUAACCAUAAACUGAUCUCUUACUAUC